GGUUCUCACGUCUGUCGUUCCCACGACCUAACUUGUUUUCCUAAAAAGUGUGGACUGGUAAAUUAGAAAAUAGCCGUAAUGUGCCUAUUGCAUUUUAAUACAGCUAACUUUUAUGGAGGAUAACUAACCCUAGACAAAAUAGUGAAAGUGGCAAUGCGCUGUAUUUUGCAAAUCUCUUUUAUAUCUGGCUUAAUGGGAGAGAGAUUCUCAUACCUCCAUCUGCGUUCCAUCUGGCUUGUCUAGUGGUGUCCCGAAACUACAGUUCCCUUCUGAGAGGCUAAGAGAAAAAAAGGCAAAACAGCCACAGACUCAGAACCCCCGAAGCUAUCUGGAGGAUCUUACCUUGGGUACUCCUGCUUCAAACGUCUUUUUUGAUCCCUAACAAAACAACAAUUUUCAUUGCUCAGGCUCCUGUUGUAGCCAUUCCCAACCUCUUGUGUGAAGCUCCUGAUAAUCCGAGCAGCAAAUGGCUUUCUUAUGGAAGUGUGUGUAGAUUCAGUGGAGUCAGCUGUGAAUGCAGAAAGAGGAGUUCUUUGUUGUGUGCACUGUGAUGUUCAGCAUGCAUCGCACCACAGCCUCAGUUUUGCUGAUUAUGUGCUGGUCGGAUUGAAUUAUGUUCUGGCUUAUUGGAAGGAGGAACCACACCCAGCAUGGUCUGUUUCUGUUCUUAAAGGUAUUCUUCAAGUAGUAAAACAGAGUGUUCAGAUUCCAGUUUUUGUAAUGAUUCGACCCCGUGGAGGUGAUUUUUUAUAUUCAGAUCGUGAAGUUGAGGUGAUGAAGGCUGACAUCCGUCUUGCCAAGCUUUAUGGUGCUGAUGGUUUGGUAUUUGGGGCACUGACUGAAGAUGGGAACAUUGACAAAGAGCUAUGCACAUCUCUUGUGGCUCUUUGCCGUCCUCUGCCAGUCACUUUCCACCGAGCCUUUGAUAUGGUUCAUGAUCCAAUGGCAGCUCUGGAGACCCUCUUGACUUUGGGAUUUGAACGUGUUUUGACGAGCGGAUGUGACAGCUCAGCACUAGAAGGACUGCCUCUGAUAAAGCAACUCAUAGAUGAGGCAAAAGGCAGGAUUGUGGUAAUGCCAGGGGGUGGCAUAACAGAUAAAAAUCUGCAAAGGAUCCUUGAGGGUUCUGGUGCUACCGAAUUCCACUGUUCUGCUCGGUCUUCUAGAGAUUCGGGAAUGAAGUUUCGAAAUUCCUCUGUUGCAAUGGGAGCAUCACUUGCUCAUUCAGAGUAUUCAAUGAAGGUAACAGAUGUGACAAAAGUAAGGACUUUGAAUGCUAUUGCAAAGGAUGUCCUCGUUUAGUUAAACUUCUCUGAAAGUCAAGGAUAUCACAGUGUAAAGGCAGAAGUUGAAUCUACAGUUAUCUUCCACAUGGCCAUGGAGUAUGUUUCUAAGAAGAAAAAGAAAUUGGAACAACAAUGCAAUCAGUUUUCUUUGCUAGUCAUUGCUGUGAUCAUGGGGAAAUUGAGUCUGUUCUUGUUCCACAGAGAAAGGCUUAGUCAGUUUUUAGUGGAAUUAACUGAUGAACUGGUAAAAUGUGAAAUGAGAAUUUGGUUUAGGGUCAAUUUAGGGUCACUUUUUUGCCUUUUUGUCUGUAAAAUAAAAAUUCACAUUCUAUUA